CUCUCCUCCCCUGCCGCGGGAUUGAUCUUCUCCUUCCCGUCGCCUCGGCCCGAUGGACGACCUCGGGUCCUACUUCCUGGACCUCGGGCCGGAGGAGGCCCCCUCGCCCGGGGGGUUUUCCUCCUCCACGUCGGACGAUGAUGACUUGAGCAUGGCGGAUGCCGGGCUCGAUGAGCCAUCGGCCACGGCGCGCGGCCUGCGCGAGCUGGCCCAGCUUUCCGGCCGGCUCGACGCCGGGCAUGGGCUGGGGCUGGCCGGCGACGCGGCCUCCAUCGACCUGGGGGUGGACCUGGGGGCCUUCUUUGCCGGGCCGGGAGCCCGGGCCCCGGCCACCGGGCCCGGGGCCCUGGGCGACCACCCGCUGGAGCAGCUGGCCGUGUGGCUAGACGCACCGAUGACCACCUUCCGGCUGCCGCGGACACGAGCCCCGGCCCUGGGCUCGCUGGCGGCGAUGCCGGGCACGCCGGGCACGCCGGGCCUGGCGGUCUGCCUCGAGGGGCUGGUGUGCCCGCGGGCACAUGCGCCGACGGCGGUGGCGGCGGCUGCCCUGCCGCUGGCGGCCCUGAGCCUGACCCUGUGCGGGUGUGCGCGCCUGGCGGCCGAGGAGCGGUCGCGCUUCGAGACCGGGGCGCCGCCUCUGCGCGACGACACCACCCCGGCCGGGGGGAUUGUCUGCUGGGAGGGCAGCGGGUCCGAUGGCGGCGGCGGCGGCGGCGAGGGCGACAGCGACCUCGAGCCCGGGGAUGACGGCAGCGACGGGGGCUUCCGGACGGAUGGCACCGAUGGGUCGCUGGGCUUCGACAGCGACCACGACCCGGCCGGCCAUGCCGGGCCCGACGACGAGGACGACGAUGGCAGCGACGAUGUGGAUGUCGAUGAUGGCAUUGGCGCCACGCCGGUGGCCGAUGCGGACGACCUGCCGGACUACGGCCUGUCGGACUUGGACGACCAGUUUGCCGGGACCAGCCACCUGGGCGCGGAGCUCGGCUUCGGGGUGAGCUCCCUGUCGCCGCGGGCGGCCGGUGGGCCGCUGCAUGGCCGGCACCUGGGUGAGGGGCCCCGGCGCCGGGGCAGCGGCCCGACCAGGGGGGCGUCUGCCGGCGGCGGCUCCGGGCCCCUCGGCGCGGGCCUGGCAGCCACCAUGAUCGGGCCCCAUGGGCCGGGGGGUACGGGGGUCGGCGCUGUGCGGCCCCGGCGCACCUUCCGCCGGCGACGCUUCACCGCCACCUCGGAGCUGGUUUGGCUGGCGAGCUUCCUGCAUGUGACGCGGCCGAUCGCCGGGUUCCGGUGCCUCGAGGGGCAGAAUUACAAGUGCGAGCAGGUGAUCCUGGCGGCGCUGGCGCAUCAGCCCUACUUCACGGAGGCCGAGCCGCGUACUGCGGUCCCGGUGGAAGUGGCCGGCGGCCCUGGCCCCGGCCCGUGCUGCUCCUCGUCCCUGUGCCCUGGUGCCGAGGACCAUGAGGCGGCGGGGGCCGGAGCAGCAGCCGCCGCCGCCGCCGCCGCCGCCGCCGCCGCCGCGGCGUCGCCAUCCUCGCCGGCACACGGGGGCGCGCCCUCGGCCGGGGAGGAGGACCCCCGCCGGGACCCGGCCGAGGAUGGGCACGAAGACGAAGAUGGGCUCUGCUCGCGGGCGGACCUGCUCUUUGGGCUGCUGCAGUUGCCGGUGGAUGCGCACGGGCGCCCGGGGGUGGAGUCGCUCCUUCGCCCGGGCGGGGGGCUGCUGUCGAAGAUCGCCUCGCCCGGGGCCCUCGGUGGGGCUGGGUUCCCGGGGCCCGGCGGGCCCGGCGGGUCCGGCGGGUUCGGCCUGUCGGGGGCCGGGCUGUCGGUGGACGGCCCGACCGAGGCGGUGGCGGCGCUGGUCGGCCGGCGGGUGGACCGCCUGCCGGCCGAGCUGACCACCACCAGCGCAUUGGUCUUCAGCCAAUUGUGCUUCGAGCCGAAGAUGGUGGAUUACCGGUACUAUGCGGCCAAGAAUGCUGGGCGUUUUUUCCAGUUCGCCGCCAGCCGGGUGGCGGCCCUGGAACGGGCGGCGCUGCUGCUGUCGGCCGAGCGCCUGUGCGGCGGGUGUGCCUGGCGCCCAUGGCGGCAGAGCCUCGCCGGGCCGGCGGCCGACGCCGGGUCCGGCGGGUGCCUCGGCCGGGUGUGUGAUGCCUGCGGGGGCUCGGGCCCGGGCGGGGGCGAUGCCUCGGGCUCGGGCUCGGGCGGGGGCGAUGUCUCGGGCUCGGGCUCGGGCGGGGGCGAUGUCUCGGGCUCGGGCUCGGGCGGGGGCGAUGCCUCGGGCUCGGGCGGGGGCGAUGCCUCGGGCUCGGCCCCGGGCUCGGGCUCGGCCCCGGGCGACCGGUCACCGCAUGUGCCGGCCGGGCCCGGGCCCGGCAACCCGUACUUCGACCCGGAGGCCGGGGCGCGGAUGGGCCGGCUGGCGCGGCAGUGGCGCCGGCGCCUGGCGCGGCAGCUCCUGCGCGUGUAUCUCCCCUGCCUGGCCGGGGCCCUGGUGAUUGAUGCCAAGAAGUUGGUCCGGGUGUUUGCCAUGCAAUCGUUGCCGCAGCUGGCGGCCAGCGCCUUGCGGGUGUUCCUGGCCUGCUCGCUGGCGGCCAUGGACCUGCCGACCACGCGGGGCCCGGUGCUGGCGGUGUCCGACCCGGCGCUGUGGCCGGCCGUGGUGGUCCCCCUGGCGGAUGUGUCGUGCGGCGGCGGCGGCCAUCGAGCCCGGCAGCUGGAUGAGGCUCUGCUGUGGCGGGUGCGCUGCUUGCAGGUGGUGCGCACGGUGACCCGGUGCCUGACGCGGCUGGCGGCCGGGCGCGAGGCCGACCCGGCCCUCGGGGCGCCGGCCGCGCAGCAGGCCUUCUCGGCCCUGGCGGAUGUCCUCCAGUCCGAGGUGGCUGGGUUUUACCUGAAUGUCCAGCGGGCCGCCUCGGCGGCGGGCGCGCCGGCGGUGGUCGGCGGCUCGGCCGAUGGGCUGGUGGUCCUGCCGGGCCCGGCGCAGCGGGGGCUCUUUGACUUCCUCCUGACGACGGUCAUUGUGCCGGAGUUUGUGGCCGCCCUGGCGGCGUGCCCGCUGCCCGGGGUGCCGGACUGGGAGCGCUCGGCCCCGGGGCCCUACCAUGAUGCCGACGGGUCGUUUGUGAUUCCGCCCUUCCCGGUGGGGCGCGAGGCGAGCGCCCUGUCGCUGGCCAUCGGCCCGGGGCCGGGGGGCUCGGACUCGCGCCGGAACACGCGCAUGGAGUCGGUGACUGUCACUCUGCUGUCUCUCGUGGCCGCCAUCCCGCGGCUGCUGCCCCGGCGGACGGUGGAAACCGACGACCCGGUCCCGGGGCCGGCCACCGCGGCCGAGUGCUGUGCCGUGUGCCGGGACCUGGCGACGGCCGAACCAGCUGGCGGGGCCUUCUUGCGCGAGCGCGCCCUCCGGUCGCUGGUGUUCCUGGCCACGCAGAUGACCAUCUAUGGCCGGCCACUGCAUGAGUGUGCCUUUUCGUGCCCGGUCCAGCCGCUGCUCGGGAUCUUCCGCGUGGAGCUGGCCCGCGGAUCGGCCAGCGGCGGCGGCGGCGGCGGCGGCACGGCCACCGGGCCCGGGCUGGCCACGGCCGACCCGGCCCGCGGCCCGGCACUGGUGGCCUCGGACGAGGACCUGGAAGCCCACGCCCGGGCGCCAUGCCACUGCCCGGCCCUGUCGCAGCACCUCCGGCCGCCGGCGGCCGGGGCCGAUCCGCAGGCCACCCUGUCGCAGACCGAGCGCCUGCUCCAAUCGCGGCAUCUGACCCAGGAGGAGUGGCUGGCGGUGGCGGACUUCCCGCAGAAGUCGGCCUCCGGCUGGUCGCACCGGUCGCGCGCGGCCCUGGCCGAGCUGAUCGCCGCCGUGGCCGGGCGCGUGUGCACGCGCUUCUUCGAGGACUUCCUGCUCCCCUAUUUCCGGCUCCUCUGCGGGGACCCCAUCUGGGGCGUAAAGCGCUCGGCGGCCACCCUGCUCGGGGCCGUGUCAGCUGCAUUGAGCCCCUCCCUGCGUGAGCGCAUCAUCCCCGGGCUGCUGGAGCAGCUGGUGUCCUUCGAUCGCGAGCGCAGCCGGCCCGUGCGCCAAGCCGCGGCCAGCCUGUCCUUGGGCCCGGUGAUCGGGUCCUUCUUUGGCCAUACCCUGCCGGAGCGCUUGCGGGCGCUGAUGGUCUCGACGCGCGACUCCGGCGACAGCGCCACCGUGCUGGGCUCGGCGCGGGCCCUCCCGGCGCUGCUGCUGGUGCUGCUGGCCGAGCGGUGCCCCCUGCCGGGCGGAGCCCCGGGCGACAUGCGGACCUUCUUCUCGCUGGCGGCCCGGUGUGCGGGGGGAGAUGCGGCCGGGCCGGAGCUGGCCCGGGCUCUGUGGCACGGGGCGGUCUUGCCGGGGCCGAGCCCGGGCACCGGGGACCCGCCGCCGCUGAUCAGCUUGAAUCAAUUUUUGCGGGAGUGCUUUGCCGGGCGGCCGGCGGCCAUGGGCCCGGGCGCGAGCACGGGCUCGGCCCCGGCCGGGCGCCUGCCCUCCUUGCACCCGACGCUGGGGGAGCUGGCGGCCACGCGCCUGACCGCGGCCACCCCCUCGUCGGAUGUGAACCAAGUGCUGGCGGCCUGCCUGCCGGUGGUGGCGCACAUCCUGGCCCUGGUGGCCGGCCACCGGGGCCCGGGCCCCGGGCCCGGGGUGUGGCGCUUCGCCGGGGCCCUGGCUCCGGCCUUCGACCAGCUCCUGCUGCCGGUGAAGGCGGCCUUCAUCCGGGCCGGGUGUCACCGGUGCCAGGCGGUGGCCCGGGCCAUGGGCCCCGGCGCGCGGGCCAGCUACCUGGACUAUCCGCUGCUGUGUUGCUCCGGCGGGGAGCUCCUGGCCUUCCGGUCGACGACGGCCUUCGACCCGGCCGUGGUGAUCCCCCUGCGACUGGGGAGCAUGGCUCGCGAUGCGGCCAUCCCCCCGCCGCUGGUCACCCGCCCGGAGAAUGUGUCCAGCAAUCUGAUGGGCACCUCCAGCACGGCCACCUCGAAUGCCGCCCUGCAGGGGCUGGCCCUGAUGGGGUUCAGCCUCUUCGCCGGGCCCGGGGGGGGCCCUGGCGCCGGGGCCGCCGACGCGGUCGGCCGGGUCUUCCGCGCGGAAGGGGCUCUGCGCUUCGUGGUGCAGCGAGCCUAUCGCGGGGUGUUCAGCCUCUUUGCCGCCCGGGCCACCAAUGGCGGGCAUCCGGCUCCGGGCAAGUCGGUGCUGCCGUACUGGGACUGGGAGCAGCGGCUGGUGCUGGUUGACCAACUGGCCCUGGCGGCCUUCUGGGCCGGGAUGCCGAGCCCGCGGGACUUCGUGCGGGCCGACUCGGCGCCCGGCGCCUCGCCGGACGAGGGCGACCAACAGUGCCGGGAGUGCCGGCCGGCCGGGAUGCCGCCGGCCGCGCAGCACGCCUUCCGCCUGCUCCGGCGCACGGAGCUGACCCUCCUGCAGCUGGGGCUGGGGCUGCUGCUGUUCGAUCCGAUCGCCGCGGUCAAGGCGCGCGUGGUUCAGUGGCUGCUGCCGGUGCUCAUCCUGCGGUAUGCCGGCCACGCGCGGGAGCACUUCAUCCCGCUGCUCUUUGCCGGCGGCAUGCCGGGCACCGGGGCCGGGGGGGAGCGCGCGGCGACCGCCCCGGCGGCCGAGGACCCGGCCGGCGAGCUGCCCCCGCCGCUGCCGCGUGACCCGGGUGCAUGGGCGGCGGCCUUGUGGCCGGGCCCGGAUCGGGCCGGGGCCGGGCCGGUGUGCGACCCGCGCUUUGACAAGUGCGCCGGCUUUGCCGGGCACAAGGAGGAGCCCUUUGCCCCGGCGCCGGGCCGGUGCAAUGGGCGUCUCUACUGGCGGGUGUUCGCCUCGUUGCUCCAGUCGCCGGAUUACUCGCACCGGGACCAUGUGUGGACGGGGCUGGCGCGGGCGAUCCGCCUGGCCGCGGACCCGGGCCUGCUGGCCAGCCUCGGGGUGGUCGGGCCCGAGCCGGUGGCCGCCCUGCGCCGGGCCCUGCUGGUGGACCUGUGGGCCCCGGUGUCGCCGAUGCUGCUGUUGGAGCCGGUGGCCUCCGUGCGGCAGGCCUUCCUCCGGGCGCUUUUCGGCUCGGCCGAGGGGGACCAGGGCUUCCGCCAGGCGCUGGGCGUCCGGCGGGGCGGCUCUUCUGCGCGCUGCCCGGACGCGGGGGGGUUCGCCUCGUCGCCGGUGGUGGCCCCGGAGCGCCUGGUCGGCAACCUCUUCGGGGCGGCCGGGCCGGAUGACGACGAGGGCUCCCCCGGUGGGGGGGCCGCCUCGGGCCGGGCCCCGACCGAGCCCUUCACCGCCACGUCGGCCUCAUGCGCGGCCAGUGCCGCGUCGCACCGGGCCCUGACGGCGCUGCGCCUUGACCGGCGCCGGGUGCUGGACUGCCUGGUGGAUGCUCUCGGCCGUGACCUGGUGCACGGUUUUUUCGCGCGCUUCGACACCACCAAUUGCCUGGGGUCCUGCUUCGGGACGGUGGUCAACACCGGCGGGCCGGCCGAUUUGCCGGUUGACGCGGCGGCCGAGGCGGCCGCCGCCGCGAUUGCCAGCGGCAGCAGCAGCAGCAUGGAGAUCGACAGCCCGGUGCUGGACAUCCGCCUGGCGCACCAUGACCCGGAGCUGGUGCACCUGGUUCGCCUGGCCUGCACGUACUUGUGCUGGCGCCGUGACACCAGCCCGGAGCAUGUGUGCGGCACCUCGUAGACCCGCCGUGCCUGCGGCCCCCCCCCCGCCCC